CAUUAUGAUAUCUUACUCUCCCCAUACAACCGAGUCAACUCUCUUAGAACCUCAUAGUGGGGCAUCUACUAUACGCUUCACUUGUCUAUCUUGUCAUGUUGCAUUUCCAACAGCAGAUGCUCAGAGAGCACAUAUGAAGACCGAUUGGCAUCGAUACAAUCUCAAGCGUAAAGCUGCAGACCUUCCACCCAUAACAGCCGAGACGUUUGCUCAAAAGCUUCAAGAGCAGCAACUCAAAUCCAGUCAACAGCAACAACAAGCUAUGCAACCCAACGAAUGCCAUAUAUGUAAUAAAGUAUAUGCUUCUACCAAUGCAUACAAGAGUCACUUGGCAUCAAGAAAGCAUCGUGACAUGCAAGUCAAGGUUGCCUCGACUCCUGUAACUGAAUCAAGCCAAAACGACCAACCUGUUGAAAAGAACCCAGAAAAAAUCCAACGAGCCAAUUGGCAAGAGCGAUUGAUUGCUGCUACGACUCAAGACGAAUUUGAGGCUAUUAUGAAGGAGAAAAUGGAAGCUGUAAAGCCGCUUGAGGAAACUGAUUGUCUGUUUUGUUGUCAUGCAGCAGAUUCAUUUGAAUUAAACUUGGAACAUAUGACCAAGGCCCAUUCAUUCUUUAUUCCAGAUGCCACGUAUUUGGUAGAUGUUAAAGGUUUGAUCAAGUAUUUGGCUGACAAGAUUGCUAUUGCCAAUGUAUGCAUUUUCUGUAACGGAAAAGGUCGUGCCAUGCACUCUACUGAAGCUGCUCAACACCAUAUGAUUAGUAAAGACCACUGCAAGAUGGCCUAUGAGAAUGGUGAAGAUGAAGAAUAUGCAGAUUUCUAUGAUUUUAGUCCCAUGUAUUCUGAUGAAGAGACAAACAGUGACGAAGAAUGGGAAGAUGUUGCUGAAGCCAUGACAACCACGACCAUUUCAGGAAGACGUCGUCCAACUCGAGCUCACAUAUCUGAGAAUGAAGUUGAGCUUACUCUCCCAUCUGGUAUCAGUAUCGGUCAUCGAUCCUUCCGUACUUAUUGGAAACAAAACCUGAGACACAAUGAAGUGGUUGCAGGCAGCAGACAAGAUCCUGAAAUGAUUCGUCUCAUGUCAGGACAACACAAUCUCUUGGAACAUACAACUGGUAACGGUCUGUCAUCCAUGUCAGUAGCAGCUCAUCAACAGCUUCAAAUGCAUAAAAUCAGACAACGCGAAUCAAGACUCCAACAUCGCAGAGAGUACGAGUUUAGAACCAAGAUUGGGUUCAUAGGCAACAGUCAAAAACAUCUUGUGGAUCCUUCUCGACCCACAUAGAACCAAGUUGUGUUGAA